GAGUAAGAACCCUAAAAACGAAAAGAAAAAUCGAAGAGAUUGUAAAAAUGGAAGGCAGCGAAAGUGAAGCAAUUUUCGAUACUCUGAACCUAAAUCCCCAACUUUUCAUCAAUGAAACCUUGAACACAGUGGAUGAUCUCCUCAACGAUGCCUUCGAUUUCUAUCUCCAAGAAGCUUCCAAACUUUUGAAAGUCGAAGUUACCGACUGCUCCCAAGAACUAACCAAGGGAGUUAAUUAUAUUCGCAAUAUGAUUCAAUCAAGUUUGGAUAAGCGGCUUGCUAUGUGGGAGAAGUACUGUCUUCGCCAUUGUUUUACGGUUCCUGAAGGUUUUUCUUUGCCCAAAAAUGAUGAGUUACUUGCUAGUUCUUCAACGAUUCAAGAUGCUUUAGCUGAUCCAGAUGUGGAUGCGGAGUUGGACUCGUUAAGGAAUAAAUUAACAUUGGUUGGGGCAGAGACUGAUAAACUCAACAGUGAACUCAAAGAAUUGGAAAGACAGUCUGCUUCUAGUGGGCAUUGUGCUGGACUUAUUAAUGAGGCAUUGCAGUUAUAUGAAGACACCUCUGUACAGGACAUGUUUCAAGAAAUGAUGCAAACUGCAACUGAACUCCGUGUCAAAAUGAAGAAGCUAAAGACCAGGCAGGCGGAAAAAAUGGAACAUGAACGAGCCGAGAGGAUACACAAUUCACUUACCGAUUACUUCACCGUGAACCCCAAGAAGGGCCUUUCGAACGCAAAGUUGGAUGAUCUUCACGAAUUUCUAGCGGAACUGAAGAAGAUGUAGAUGUUAUAAAUGUAUAUGGUAAUUUGUCUUGUUGGCUAGUUUCUGUAUUUGCUUUUAUAGUUAACUGUUAAGUCCUCUCUUUCUGUCAUCCGCUUCUUUCCGUUUGGAUUGUGGACAAUUUGCCUCACUUUGUGUUGUCCCUGUAACUGUAAGCACUAAGCAAGUAGAUUCUUUUCUAUUUUUUCAGGUCCGAAAAUAUCGGACUAAUGGAUUGAACCGGUUGAAUAGAGAA